AUGUCGGCAUUCACAAUUGACUACGAUACGACAGGAGUUGAUAACGUUGCAUUCAGUACACGAACCGACAAUAACUGGGACGACGUCACAACCGUUGCUCGAACUGACCAAUCAUCGGACCUCGCUGCCGUCAAGAUAACCCUCAAUCCCGUGAAGAACCCUCUACGAAAAGCGGAGGAUUAUGAAUCCUGGAAGAGGAUCGUACAAAUCAACCUCAAACUCAGAGGAAUGGACGGUCUUAUUGACUACAACCUUCCAAGACCAGCUCAGAACGGCACAAAUGCAUAA